CCCUUUGUGUAAAAUAGCUUGGUAUAAAGAUGGAGAACAAGAAGAUAGUUACAAUCCAGUCAUCGAUAUAAGGCGGGACCGAAGGAUGUCUGGGGUAUAUCAAUGUGAAGCCAGCGGAGUGGAAGGGAAAGUAAAGUCUUCUCAAGUACAAGUCAUCAUCCAGUAUGGACCAAGAGCUGCAACUAUCUUGAGAAAUCAUCAGACAAUUUCUGGUGAUGUAACUGAGACGGAGGACACUUCAAGGAAAAUUCCCCUAAAUUGCUCGUCAGACUGUAACCCUUUGUGUAAAAUAGCUUGGUAUAAAGAUGGAGAACAAGAAGAUAGUUACAAUCCAGUCAUCGAUAUAAGGCGGGACCGAAGGAUGUCUGGGGUAUAUCAAUGUGAAGCCAGCGGAGUGGAAGGGAAAGUAAAGUCUUCUCAAGUACAAGUCAUCAUCCAGUAUGGACCAAGAGCUGCAACUAUCUUGAGAAAUCAUCAGACAAUUUCUGGUGAUGUAACUGAGACGGAGGACACUUCAAGGAAAAUUCCCCUAAAUUGCUCGUCAGACUGUAACCCUUUGUGUAAAAUAGCUUGGUAUAAAGAUGGAGAACAAGAAGAUAGUUACAAUCCAGUCAUCGAUAUAAGGCGGGACCGAAGGAUGUCUGGGGUAUAUCAAUGUGAAGCCAGCGGAGUGGAAGGGAAAGUAAAGUCUUCUCAAGUACAAGUCAUCAUCCAGUAUGGACCAAGAGCUGCAACUAUCUUGAGAAAUCAUCAGACAAUUUCUGGUGAUGUAACUGAGACGGAGGACACUUCAAGGAAAAUUCCCCUAAAUUGCUCGUCAGACUGUAACCCUUUGUGUAAAAUAGCUUGGUAUAAAGAUGGAGAACAAGAAGAUAGUUACAAUCCAGUCAUCGAUAUAAGGCGGGACCGAAGGAUGUCUGGGGUAUAUCAAUGUGAAGCCAGCGGAGUGGAAGGGAAAGUAAAGUCUUCUCAAGUACAAGUCAUCAUCCAGUCAUAG